AUGUCCGGUGUGGCGAAAGGAGCCUUUUGUGGCCCGGGGAGGAUUCACCCCACUACUAGAACUCGCAGCCAUGCUGGUGUGACAUACUACAACGAGGAGGUGGCCAAGCGAUCAAACCUCCGCGUCAUCACGGAAGCUUUUGUGGAGAUGCUUGUUCUUGAAAACACCAGUGACGAGAAUGUUGUGGCUGCUGGGGUUCAGUUCAUUGGCAAGGAUGGCAUCCAGCAAACGGUAGCAGCCAAGCGUGAGGUUAUUCUAGCCGCAGGUGCACUUAAGACACCGCACUUGCUGGAGCUGUCCGGUAUUGGCAACGGUUCUCUUCUUCGGUCCCAUGGCAUUGAGCCGAUUGUGGAUAAUGACAACGUUGGAGAGAACCUUCAAGAACACGACUUUGUCCCGUUCAGCUGGGAGGCCGCUGAUGGGCAGCCUGCCGGCGAAGCACUGCGAAUUCCCGAGGUCGCAGCCGCCGCCAUGGCAGCUUGGCAAGAAUCAGGGGCAGGUCCACUUGGCCUCUGUCCUCUGCCGUCCUCGUAUACAAGUCUCAGGGACCUCAAAAACAGCGACUUGAAAUCCCUCAUUGAUCAGUAUUUGCAGGAGAAAGACCCUCUCCCAAGAAUAACUGCACAGUACGAAGUGCUUCGUCAGAUUCUCGAAGACGAGGAUGAACCAACAGGGAAUUAUGGAAUGCUAGAGCCGGAGAAUUUCAUAAGCAUCGUUUCAGUUUUAAACCGUCCUUUCUCGCGCGGUAAUGUUCAUCUCACCUCCUCCGAUCCCGAGGCAAAUCCGAGAUUUGAUCCGCGCUUCUUCUCUCAUCCGCUAGACCUGGAGCUUCACGCGCGUCAUGUUCGCUGGCUAGAAACUCUUGCGUGGACUCAGCCGAUGGCUUCUCUUCUCAAGGCAGAUGGCUGGCGCUUACAGAACUCCUCGCGGGAUAUCACUCUUGAAACAGCUCGAGAAUUGGCUCGGGAUCGGAUUAUUGCCCACUACCAUGUAUCUGGGACCGCUGCGAUGAUGCCGCGUGAGAAGGGGGGUGUUGUUGAUUCCCGUCUCAAGGUUUAUGGCAUACAGAAUCUGCGGGUGGUUGAUACUAGUAUCAUCCCUCUGAUUCCCCGUGGCAAUAUUCAGACCACUGUGUUUGCUGUUGCAGAAAAAGCCGCAGACAUCAUUGUGGCCGACUUUUGA